CUUCCUCCCUCUCCCUUUUUCUCGGCCAUCGUGGAGUCGCUUGUAGGUUUUGUUCCCCAGUAUGGUAAGUCCAUCCGUUACCAUCGGCUCUGCGGUGGCUUCCCGAGACCUGAGUCCCGUUGAGCUCGCCGGCGCCGUUCACUGCGUCAAGUCUUCUCACAAGACUUUCAGGAUCAAGCGAUUCCUGGCCAAGAAACAAAAGCAGAAUCGUCCCAUUCCUCAGUGGAUUCGAAUGAAAACUGGUAAUAAAAUCCGGUACAACUCCAAGAGGAGACAUUGGAGAAGAACCAAGCUGGGUCUAUAAGGAGUCACAUAUAAGAUGGCACACAUAUUUAUGCUGUAUCAAAGUCAUAUGCACUUACCAACUCACUAUAAACAUUGCUACUAUCUGGGUAAUUGGGUGUGUUUUAUUGAGGAAAUGAUUUUUAUGCCUCUGCAUUCGUCUGUUUAUUCAGUAAUAAAUAUGUGAAACCUUUUGCCUGAA